AUGGAACCACAAUGCGAAAGUGGUGGUGAAAGUUUGAGGAAUGUUGUGAAUGAGGACAGAAUCAGUGAGUUGCAUGAAGCUUUACUUGUGGAGGUAAUGUCUUCACUUCCGACAAAAACAGUCGUAGCCACGAGUGUUUUGUCUAAACGUUGGAGACAUGUUUGGAAGAUGGUGCAAAAUCUCAAGUUUGAUUCUAAGUAUCAUGAACGUUUAUUUUCAGAGGAUGUUUACAAAAUUUUUAUGUUACAUAAAACUCCGUUUCUAGAGAGUUUGCAUUUGGAAAUUAGAGAUGAACGUGAUGCUUUGAAUCUUGGAAUAUUGGUUGGAAUUACAUUUGCACGCCAUGUACGUAAUUUGGUACUAGAUCUUGAUUAUAACGUUUACUCUGAUUAUGUGCACCGUUCAGUCAGAUUUCCGAGUGUUUUGUGCAUCUAUGAUAAUAAUACACUUGAGACCUUAACACUCAAGAAUUCCAUUCUUUUAGAUUUUCCUUCUCGGGUUUGUUUUAAUUCCCUUAGAAAGCUGUACCUUUACGAAGUAUAUUUUUAUGACGAAGACUCUGUUUGCAACCUUUUAAGUGGAUGUCCUAGUCUUGGGGAUUUGGUAGUGCAUAGAAACAUAUAUUGUGUGGAAACUUUCACUAUCGCCGUGCCAUCAUUACAGAGAUUAACCAUAGAUGAUGAGGUAAUGGGGUAUGGAUGCUAUGUGAUAAAUGCAGCUUCUUUGAAAUACUUGAACAUGAGAGGGUUCAAUUAUCUUGAGUCUUGUCUGAUUGAGAAAGAGCGAGAGUUGGAGGAGGCAAAAGUCAGUGACGUUUCUGAUAUAAAGAAUGAAAACAUUUUGGAAUCUCUAACUUCAGCCAAACGUCUUUCCUUACGCUUAUCACCCUUAAUCAAGUAUCCUAGUGGUAGCAUCUUCCAUCAGCUUUUAUCUUUGGAACUACAUACCCAUAAAAAGAAGUGGUGGAAUCUACUUACGCCCAUGCUUGAAGCUUCUCCUAAGUUGCAAAUCCUCAAGCUCACCGACCUAUCCAUGUAUUCUGCCAAAGGAAAUCGGAUCGGCCAAAAAUGGAAUUAGCCGAAAUAUGUACCGGAUUGUUUGUUAUGCCAUCUUGAGACAUUCAUGUGGACAGGAUUCGAAUGGCAACGAAGAGAUGAGAAAGAAGUGGCCACAUACAUCCUAAGAAAUACAGGAAGUUUGAAGAAAGCAACUUUCUCCACAAAACCCAUCGAACCGGUAAAGCUCAAAAAAUUAAAAAAGAGACGUCAGAUACUCAACGAGUUGGCUAGUUUGGGCAGGGCUUCAAAUCCAUGUGAUUUUGUGUUUGAAUAUAUUUAA